GGUGCCUUGCCAUCCCUGUGAGGACUGACAAGGCUCAUUUAUUCUUAUGCUUUCAGUUGUCUUGCUACUUUUAGGCUAGGUUUGCUUCUUUUCCGAUUUGCCCAUUGUUGAGCUGCUUAGGACCUUAGAGUUUUUUCUUGUCCAUCCUCCCAUCCCUUUCUGCCUUCGCGAAGUUAUUUACUCCUGGUCCGCAUCCCGCACCUUGAUCCUUCUCUUGCAUUAUAGUUUCAGAGCGCAAUUACGGCAGAUAUUAUGCGAUGAGACUUUCCUACCGUGUUGGGUUGGCCGCCCUCCUGAUCCUCGCCUUCAUCCUGAUCAAGCGCCAUCUAGAUUCCCUUCAGGAUGGUUCGCACGUGCCAUCCUCCUGGCAGUUCAGCAAUGUGGUAGGGGGCGGCGCUGCGGAGCCUGUCGCUACUCCCGCCAGCAAACCUGAAAAUGAAAAGCCUCAAGAGACACCAGCUGUGACAGUAGAAGAAUCUCUUCCAAUCAAACAAACCUACGAGAUCACUCCUAUUAUCGUUCCCAAUGACCGUGUGAUUGUGAUGGCCAAAUUGAGCAAGGAGGAUACGUCGUGGGUGAGCACUGAUUUGAAUGAAUGGCGCAAUUUCAUCUACACCGUUGAUGACGUGAACGCGGCUCGACACACCCCGAAGAACAAAGGCCGCGAGAGUCUUGCCUACCUUCAAUACAUCGUCGAUCACUACCAUGACCUUCCGUCCACAAUGGUUUUCCUCCACAGCCACAAAGACGGCUGGGAGGCGGGCUGGCACACCGAUACACUGGAUUAUAGCAAUGUGGAAUCGGUUCGAUCACUGCAGACAGAGUUCGUGCAACAGAGUGGCUUCGUCAACCUUCGCUGUCAGGGAAAUCCCGGUUGCCCCGAUGAAAUCCGUCCGUUAGAGGAUCCGCCUCAGCCAGGCAAGGAGAACAGUAGAGUCUAUGCCAGGGUGUGGGAGGAGUUGCACAACAACACCAACAUACCCGAAGUUGUUGGCGCACCGUGUUGCUCGCAAUUCGCUGUGUCCAAAGCGCAAGUUCUGAAACGCCCUCUCAGUGAUUAUCAACGGUACUACAAUUGGGUCCUCACGAACAAGUUGCCGGAUGAGCUCACUGCCUGGAUCAUGGAAUAUUCUUGGCACAUCAUUUUUGGAAAAGAUCCAGUGUUCUGCCCAGAUAUUUACCAGUGCUACCAGGAUGUUUAUGGAAAUCCAUAUUUCUGGUAGAUUUUCUCAUACAUAUACCCAUUUUGUUGUUGGUUCAUUUAUUUGACUACGAUUGUACGCAGUGCGUUUUCUGUCCCUGUGUUGUACUCAGAGACUGUGUUUGUAUUUGGUUUGGAAGCUACGGAUACCAAAAGCUGUUCGUCAACAUUUUAUCCGUUUCAGGAGUUUAGACAUUGCAUUCGUGAUAUAUGCACCAUAUUUGAGUAUGACUAUAUCUUCACCAUUUAUCGCGCUUUUACAUGCAUAUAAGUUCGCGCCCAUUCUUUCUUUUUCUCCAUUCUUCCCUUCCACCCCAAAGUAUGUCUUACUUUGCUAUGUAUACUUAUCUACUGCACAGAAUCUAGAAUGAGUAUUAGAGACUUACUCCAUGCAAAUAUGUGAUUAUGAG